UACUGUUCAUCAUCUUGUAUAAAAGCGACGGCAGUUUAUGCCAAAAGCGUCAUUCAAUCGUGGUACAUCUUCUAAUCACAUCACAUCAACAACAAACAACCAUGAGAUUCUUUUUGGUCACUCUGCUGGUGGCAGCCGCCGUCGCCGAUCGUCUUGAGAACACGUAUUUACCACCGAACAGUGCUCCAAGUGCUGGAGGAAGCGAUGGCUCUUUGACGCCACCUGUUGACGGCGGUGCAUCUCCACAAAUUCCUUCGACUUCUUAUGGAACUCCUACAACCCAGUACGGACCUCCUUCAAACAAAUACGGACCUCCUUCAAGCAAAUACGGACCUCCUUCGACCAAGUACGGAGUUCCUUCUGGACGUCCAUCCAAAGAUGCUAGUGCCACCACCCUCAGAUUCAACAACGAAAACAGCGGCGACGGAAACUACAAAUUCGACUUCGAAACAUCGAACAAGAUCUCGCAGCAAGAGCAAGGUUCUAUGAGGAGCGUCGGCGGCGAAAAGGAAUCCUCCGUCGUCGAAGGAACUUACUCCUACGAAGGCCCAGACGGUCGCACCUACACCGUCCACUACAUCGCCGACGAUCAAGGUUUCAGAGCCACCGGUGAUCAUCUUCCGACACCUCCACCAAUCCCAGUCGAAAUCCAGAAGGCUCUCGACAGGAUGACAUCUGGUGGCGGAAGCGAAAGCAGGAAAUAUCUGCCCCCCAACAACGAUAAUUCCGAUUACCCUUAUAUAAUCGCCUCCUUUCUUCUGGCCGUCGCCGCCGCCGAUCGCCUGGAUAACACCUACUUACCACCGAGGAACGCUCCAACUGCUGGUGGUAAUGGUAACUUCCUGAACGCUCCUUUCGGUCGAGGUGCAACCAGCAGCAAAUACCUUCCUCCAGGUCAAGUGACGAGCGCUAAAUUCGCUGCUCCAUCGAGAUUUUCCAGUUUCGGAUCUCAAUCCUCCAGGACUCCAUCUACCCAAUACGGAACUCCAUCUUUCGGUGGUCACUCCAACAUCCCGUCCGGACAAUACGGCGCUCCUUCCACCCAAUACAAAGCCAAAUCCGCCGAAGCCGGAGCUUCCAUCCUUCGCUUCAACAACCAGAACCAAGGGGACGGCUCAUACAGAUUCGACUACGAAACUGAGAACAAGAUCUCGCAACAAGAAGCUGGUGAAUUGAAGCAGUCUGGAUCUCAAGAAGGAACCCAAUCCGUUCACGGAUCUUACUCGUACCAAGGAGACGAUGGCAAAACUUACACCGUAAACUACGUAGCCGACGAGAACGGAUUCCAACCGACCGGUGAACAUCUUCCAACUCCACCACCCGUCCCAGAAGCCAUCCAGAAGUCUUUGGCCGCUCAAGCUUCUCAAGGAUACAACGCAAACGCUCAAGCUUACAAUGGUGGUUUCCAAGGAAACACACAAGGAUUCCAUGGAAACGCUUUCAAUAGAGGACAAUCGCAAGGAUUCGGCAGCAGCCAGCCUUCCGUUUUAUUCGUGGCCGUAGCGGCCGAUCGUUUGGAGAACACUUACCUUCCUCCAAGCAGUGCCCAAACUGCCGGAGGAAACGGUAACUUCUUGAGCGCUCCAUCAAAUUCCUUCCACAAAUCAUCAUCCAACAUUCCUUCUGGUCAAUACGGAGCUCCAACGAAGCACCAAUCCGCUGAAGCCGGUGCUUCCAUCCUUCGUUUCAACAACGAAAACCAAGGAGAUGGAUCAUACGGAUUCGAAUUCGAAACCGAGAACAAAAUCUCUCAACAAGAAACCGGUGAAUUGAAGCAGGAUGGAUCCCAAUCCGUGCACGGAUCUUACUCGUAUCAAGGAGACGACGGUAAAACUUACACCGUAACUUAUGUUGCCGAUGAGAACGGUUUCCGUCCAACCGGUGAUCAUCUUCCAACUCCUCCACCGAUCCCGGAAGCCAUCCUCAAGUCUUUGGCUCAGAACGCCGCUCAAGGAUACGACGGAAACGCUCAGGCCUACAAUGGAAACUCUCAAUCGUUCAACGGACAAUCUCAAGGAUUCUCUUCGCAUCAAGGAAACCAGUUGAACAACUUUGGUUCUCAAGGAUUCCCAUCGACUCCAUCCACUCAAUACGGAACUCCUUCCAACAACGGACAUUUCGCUCAAUCCAACAACUUCGGCGCUCAAGCCCCAUCCACUCAAUACGGUGCUCCAACCAAGAACUUCGGUGGUCAAUCCAACAUUCCUUCAGGACAAUACGGAGCUCCUUCCGGUCAAUACGGAGCCCCAACUAAAUACCAAUCCGCUGAAGCCGGUGCUGCCAUCCUUCGUUUCAACAACCAAAACCAAGGAGAUGGAUCAUACAAAUUCGAAUUCGAAACUGAAAACAAAAUCUCGCAGCAAGAAGCCGGUGAAUUGAAGAACGACGGAUCUCAAGAAGGAGCUCAAUCUGUUGAAGGAUCUUACUCGUACAUGGGUGAUGAUGGUAAAACUUACACCGUCCACUACGUAGCCGACGAAAACGGUUUCCGUCCAGUCGGUGAUCACAUCGCCGAAGAAAUCCAAACUUUGGCUAAGAACGCUGCACAAACUUCGUCCCAAGGAUACAACGGAAACGCUCAAGCUUCUUACUACAAUGGUCCAUCUUCUCAGCAAUUCCAAUCUGGUCCAGCCAAACCCAGCUUCAACCAACAAUCUGGAUAUCAAUAUUAAAAAAUAAUUAACAAUUAUGUAAAU